UAUGGGUCCGCACUUCGUCGCUGUAAAGCAAUCUAGAAAACGUUCAACGCCUCAGAGGCAAGAUUCUAGUAAUGAGCGACUUUUUCAAUCAAUCUUCCAUAGAAGACCAUCACUGGGAGAGAAGGAGAUACAUUUUUUAAAUUCUGUUGAAACUGGUAAUUUAAACGCUGUACGAAAUUUUUUAUCAAGGAAUGUAAAUGUAAACUGCAGAGACGAAUUUGGCAGAUGUGCUUUGGAAUUAGCCUUAAUUGGAUGUCACGAGUCCAUUGUUGACUACCUUCUCCCAAGAUCAAAUGUUCAAUGCGUUGAAGAUGCUCUUUUCUAUUCUAUCGAUACGGAUAACGUAAAAAUGGCUGAAUUGAUACUUUCUCACCCUUUAUAUAGCUCGGCAAGGAUUGAUUUAAGUAAGAUGGAUGCAUUCUACGAACACGAUAUUGAUUCACCACGCCCUCGUCAAACUGCGAGUCCUUUGGCUCUUGCUUCACACAGAAAUAAUUUCUAUUUAGUUCAACUUCUACUUCUACGUGGCUGCCGAAUAACUGUUCCUCAUGAUUACUUUUGCGGAUGCAUUGAAUGUUCGAAUCAAAGGAAGUUUGACUCGGUUAAAUAUUCAAAGAGUCGUUUAAAUACGUAUAAAGCUUUGGCAAGUUCUGCUUAUAUAUCAUUAGAAAGUGAGGACCCAAUUUUAACUGCUUUUGAACUCAGUCACGAACUGGAAAGAUUAGCGGAUAUUGAAAAGGAAUACAAGAGUGACUACCGGAAGUUAUCGAACGACUGUAAAGACUAUGCUGUUGAAUUAUUGGACUUGUGUAGGUCUAGUGACGAGAUUAUGGCAGUUUUGGACGAAGUUUAUCGCCCACGCUACAUGUCAGAGAGAGCUUAUAUCUCUAUGGUAUUCUGGCGUUCCAUGGCUCCGACACCAACCCACCCCCGUCAAAUUCUUAUCACUUCCAUUAACAGCGUUUCUACUGCCAUAUCCAAGUUGAUGAGAACGCCUUUUGUCAAAUUUCUCAAUCAUACAUGCUCUUAUAUAAUCUUCUUAAUUCUUGUCUUUAUCGCAACUAAUCGUGAUGGAUCUGGAAAUCCUUUUCUGGAUGCUUCAUGUUCAAAUUGUCUAUGUUCAUUGAAGAGUAUAGUGUCGUUAUUAAUAUUUAUUUGGGUUCUUGGCAUGUUCUUUCAUGAGUGUAGACAAAUGUGGAGAGAAGGUGUUAAAAACUACGUAACUGAUUGGUGGAAUUGGAUGGAUUCGGCUUUAAUAGCCCUAUACUUAGCAUCAUACGCUAUUCAAUUAUUCACGUUAAUAAAAAUUCAACAGUAUUCCGAAAAAGAUAGAGCAACAAUAUGCUAUUUUUUUAAUGAUACCGAUACAAGAUCCUGCAGGGAACUUCGUUGCGAAGUUGAUAGGCAAUUGAACAAUUGGACAGUAUGUUCGGCAGGUAAAACAACCUCUUGUAGUGGCAUUGAUAACUUAUAUAAGCCUAAUUUACAACGAAAUCCAAUUGAUAGAAUUUCUGAACAGAAUCAAAUGUCAGAUAUUUUCUUUGCUCUAGCCAAUGUCCUUUCUUUUGCUAGAAUAGCUCAUUUAUUACCUGCUAAUGAAGAAUUAGGACCCUUAUUGGUUUCAUUCGGUAGGAUGAUCCACGAUGUUGUCCGAUUUGGAGUAGUCUUCGUCCUAGUAUUCCUUGCUUUUAUGUGUGGGUUGACAAGCUUAUAUCGUCUUCAUCAAUGUGAAAAUCAAAGCUUCAGCAGAUUAGACUUGUCUUUAAUUUCCCUUUUUUGGGCAACCUUUGGUAUGGGAGAUACUGGAGCUACAAGAUUAGAUAAUAGAUACUUGGGUUCUGAUAAAAGGCUUAUAACCACUCAUACAACUCACAUUAAUCUAACCGUAUUAGUUGGCUAUGGGCUAUUCUGUUCGUAUAUUGCUGGAGCAGUCGUAGUUCUAUUAAAUAUGCUCAUUGCUAUGAUGUCUAACUCUUUUCAAGAAAUUUAUGAUGACCGAGAUGUUGAAUGGAAGUUUGCAAGAGCUAAAUUAUGGAUUGACUAUUUUGAAGAUGGUUGCACUUUGCCUGCUCCUUUCAAUCUUUUACCAAACCCUAAGUAUAUAGUAAAGCUUUACAAGUGGAUUAGGAAAAAAUGCCAAAAGAAGAGGGAAGAACCACCUGUUCGUAUGGCCUAUAUUUACACGAGAAGAAAAAACGGUAUAGUUGGUGAAGAUGUUGAAUCUAUAGAAUUACCCCAAAAACCUAUGACUGUUUAUAAGCAAAUAUCUAGACGCCUAAUACAGAGAUACAUAUACAAGAAACAAAGCGAAUUAACGGAGAAGAACGCCGAAGAAUCGGCAAUGAGUGAUCUGAAAAAUGAAAUAACUUCAAUAUCUUAUUCGGUUGAUAAACUUCGUUUUGAAGUGAAUACUGUUAGCGAAAAAAUUGAGAAAUCUUUGCAAAAACGUAACGGAUCAAUAUGCCUUAAUACUGAAUUGGUUCCGUCUUCUCUUGAAUUAAAUGUUUAA